AUGCAGAUCUUCGUGAAGACCCUCACGGGCAAGACUAUCACCCUUGAGGUGGAGUCUAGCGACACCAUCGAGAAUGUGAAGUCCAAGAUCCAGGACAAGGAGGGCAUCCCCCCGGACCAGCAGCGCCUGAUCUUUGCCGGCAAGCAGCUGGAGGACGGCCGCACCCUGGCCGACUACAACAUCCAGAAGGAGUCGACCCUCCACCUGGUGCUGCGCCUGCGCGGCGGCAUCAUCGAGCCAUCGCUGCAGAUCCUGGCCCGCAAGUACAACCAGGACAAGGUCAUCUGCCGCAAGUGCUACGCUCGCCUGCACCCCCGCGCCAAGAACUGCCGCAAGAAGAAGUGCGGCCACAGCAACCAGCUGCGCCCCAAGAAGAAGCUCAAGUGA